UCGCUUGGACCCGCGGUGGAUGCCGGCGAGGGGGGAGGGGGGAUGGGCGCCUCUUGAAUGCAAAGAUCCGACACAGAAGCAGAGCCCUGUUUCAUAUACAGCACUAUACCUAUACACAAACACACAUAAAUACAUUAUACUUUUAAAUAAAUCCGCCAUUUCACCUGGAAUCUACCGGAGGCACCAAAUGGAUGUAGUGCACCUGGAAACGACGGGGGAUGUAACUUUCCCUUCAUUUCUGGGAGGCGCUGAUAAGUUUGUUUGCCACCCCUGGAGAGGGAGCUACUUUUAGGGCAAGGAAUCCAGGAGACACCGAGGCCGGCGGACGGGCCUACUGGUUGGAUUAGAUUUGAUGUUGGGAUACUCCAAGGGAUUCCAUGUCUUCAUCUCGCUCGUACAAGUUUGUAAUGCAUCUUUAGGUCCCCCAUGACAGUCAGCCGUGGGCUACGGCUCAGCGGCGCCCCACCAUUGGAGUGGUUUGUCACUGUAGUUGGAGCACUGUGAUUUCUCUACCCUCCGGCGACCCCCGCCGCCUCCCCUCCCCCCCCAUCCCAUCCUGUCCCUCCCAUCCCCCCCGCCCCCUUUUCCCUCCCCCCUCUUCCCCUCCCUCCCAAGCACCGCUGUGCUGGACGUCAUGAGCAUAGUAAUCGCUCUCGGAGUCAACACACCUGAGACGUCUUACACAGAAAUGGCUGCUGGAUCAGACCCUGAGUCAGUUGAAGCAAGCCCUGCAGUGAAUGAGAAAAACUUCAACAACCACAGCUGUGGAAGUGCACAAAGUCAUGGGUAUCGGGGACUACCAUACGCUAUGCAACAGUCUUCCGUUGUGUGUUGUCAGGAUCACAACUACGGUGCGCCCCCUCCUCCCACCCCACCCGCUUCCCCACUCUCUCAAACCAUCAUCCCUCGACUGGAUAUCAAUGGCGUGUUACGCAGCUCCCGCUAUCUUGAAAGCACAGAGGACAACUCGGUGGACAGCGAUAGCUCGUCAGAGGAGGAUGGGGCCGUAGCCGGCUGGUGUCACUGCACUCUGAUGCCAGACGGCUUGCUUAUUAAAUGUGACCAGUGCAGGGGUCUUGAUAGGCGGAAAGGCACAGACAGCCAGCACAGGAAAAAUGAAAAUGUCUCAGCCGGAGAGAGCAGUGGCACGGAGAGUGGUGAUGAAGAGGUAUCCCCUUCCACUGUCUCCUACACGGCCACCCAGCAUACGCCCACCAGCAUCAAACUCACCGUCAACAGAGUCAAAAGGAGUAAAUCCAAAAAGAGGAAAAAGAGUACAGAGAAAACCCGUGGCACACCAAAGGGCAAGAAAGUCAAAGCAUUUAGAGAGGGCUCUCGGAAAUCUAUGAGGAUGAAGAACUCAACCACAGAGGCAAGCGUGCUGGAUGAGAACACAGCAGAGGGAUGGGAGAGUCGAAUCCGCCAGUGGACGGACCAAUACGAGGAGGCUUUAGCCAACCAGUACAGCGCUGACAUCCAAACGCUGCUCCAGCUUCACCGCACCGUCAGCACCUCGGUUGUGAGCGCAGAGAGCGGCGCCACAAGGCCCGCACCUGCAGGACAGACCUCGGUUGACAGCAUGGACACCAUCAAUCGCACUGAGCUGGCCUGUAACAACACAGUACUCGGCUCGCAGAUGCAGCUGCAGUUAGGGCGAGUCACACGUGUGCAGAAGCACAGGAAGAUCCUCCGGGCCGCUAAGAACCUGGACCCAGACGCCCUGAUCAUUGAGUACCGAGGGAAGGUCAUGCUCAAGCAGCAGUUUGAGGUCAAUGGGCACUUCUUUAAAAAGCCCUACCCUUUUGUGCUCUUUUACUCCAAGUUUAAUGACGUGGAGAUGUGUGUGGAUGCAAGGACCUUUGGGAAUGACGCCCGCUUCAUUCGAAGAUCCUGCACACCAAAUGCAGAGGUGCGACACAUGAUUGCUGAGGGGAUGAUCCAUCUGUGUAUUUAUGCUCUCAGUGAAAUCACAAAGGAUGCUGAGGUCACCAUUGCAUUUGAUUAUGAGUUCAACAGCUGUAACUACAAAGUGGACUGCGCUUGCUACAAGGGGAACCAAAAUUGUCCGGUGCAGAAACACAACAUGAGCCCCAGGGAGAGCCUACUGAGCCCCCCCUCUGUACCACCACCGUCCCCUUUGGUCGGUGCUGAGACCCGGCAGAGAAAGGCCCGCCGGAGAGAACUGGAGGGUUCCCUGGGCGGAGAUAGCAGCCAGCCCGUCCAGCACCGGGAGGCCAAAGAGGUCCAGGGAAACAGUGACGCUGAGGGGACGCUGGAUGAGGUGAAGCUGGAAGACUUGGAGGAAGGAGAGGUGGAUGAAAAUGGGAUUGCCAUUGCCAGUAAAAAAACAUUUAACAGUCUGGAAAGGAGGCGAAGGAGAGCAUGGACAGAAGUAAAGGAGGAUGGUGUGGAAACAGAAGAGGGGACAGGAAACACCCCCCUGCCCCAGAACGCUGGGUUAGGAAUCAGCACACGACGAACUACCUAUGUCACAGAAGCACCAUCCCUUGAAGAAAAGACCUCAUCACCAAACCUGCCUGCCCCAGUUGCCCCUCCUAAACCUGCACGGCCUUCCAAGCCUCGCCCCAAGAGCCGAAUUUCUCGCUACCGUUCCAGCUCAUCCCAGCGUGCCAGACGGCAGCGCCAAGCGCUUGCCCAGCAAGCGGCUGCUGCGGCUCCUUCAGCAGACCAAAGUGCCGGUCUGGAUGAGGAGGGUCCUCAUGGCCUGUAUGGUUCUGAGUCGGGGCAAGGGGAAAGCGGGCUAGGCGCUGGUCGUCUCCUGGAUGGAGAUGGCCCGAGUCUUAACUGUAUUAACAGAGGCAACCUACGCUACCCCAAGACCAAGAAGUAUCUGGUGACAGAAUGGCUGAAUGAAAAGAUUCCCGGAGGGGAGAAGGUCCAACAAGAGCUGCCUGUUGAGCGACCGCUGCGGAUAACCACUGACCCAACGGUGCUGGCCACCACCCUCAACAUGUUGCCAGGUCUCUCGCACUCAUCCGUCAUCUGCACCGCGCCGAGACACUAUGUGCGCUUUGGCUCGCCCUUCAACCCCGAGAGACGCCGUCCACGUCCAUUGCAGAUGGACGGCACCUAUGGUUGCUUUAAAAAGAGAUGGAUCAAGCAGGUGGAGGAUGAGAGCUGUUCAGCCAGUGUGGAGGACGGCACAGAAUCCACCUCCUCCCAGCAAAGCACGAGCAGCAGAUCCACCCCAAAUCCCCUGUCCAGCGAGCUCAACGCACCUUUCAAGAAGCGCCAUGCCAAGUACAUGACCGAGAUGACAGCAACUCCCUCUGAUCACCUUCUUCGCCCAUUGUCACCCAUCACCCCGCCCCUUCCUGAGGACCCCAUACUUCCAUUGCUUCACAACCCUUUUAUUAGCUCCUUGCUGCCCAACGGCCUUGCAUACUCACCCAUGCCCUCACUGCCCACCAGCCGCUGCAACACACCGUUGCAAUUUGAAAACAUAUCAUCCCCUGAGGCAUCACCUGUUCACCGGCCGGAAUCCAUCUCUCCUGAGCCAUGUCUUCAAACAGACUUUGAUGUCCCUCGGACCCAGUUCCCAGAUCUUUCACUGCCCUCGAGUUUGGAGAGUCCCAUGGCUGGGGCUUCAGAUGACUUUUCCAUCCCUGGAACUUCUUUAGGCAACGAUUCCCAUGAUUCAUCAUCUGCGGGAAUCAGUUCCUUCAAGCAAGUGUCCACUUCCACUUCGGAGCGAGCCCUCAAAACCAGGGAGCAGGCCUUCAGGACAGAGUUUAACCUUAUAUACACGUGCUCACCCCUCAAUGCUAACUUGGCAAACCACGUGUCCACGGACCGACGUCUGUCUCUGUCACAUGGAGGGCUCUCUCCCGCGCAGUCGUUCCAUCAUUCUUUGAGUAGCCAGGGGCCACUUGGGGAUGUUGGGACCAGUUGUAUGUCGCCUUAUAAUGAACUUCAUUACGGAGGAGGCUACCCAGAGAGUGACACACCUCCACACACCAGCAACCCGCCACAAAAAAAGAAGAGGGCCACCCAGCAUACCAUUAGUCUGCUGACAGGGAGGCCAGAUUACCAGGCUAUAGCUCUAAGAAGUCAAUACAAGGCUGUUCAAAAUAUGGUGUCAUUGUUGGAGUACCGUAAGAGAAAGCAGGUCUGCAGCCGCGACCCUGAGCUGUCCAGCUGUAGUUCAUCCUUGGGCAGCACCCCCACUCAGCCCGGUCCUCACUACAGCCAGGACACCCACCAUCCCCAUUACUUGAUGCAGACCCUCACCUCCCCACACAACUCCACAUCUUCAUCAGGACCUGGCAGUUCCAUUCCUCAGAUAGAGGAGGUUAGUCCUCCGCACCACCAAGGCUCAUCAGUGCAGGCCAGACACGAGGAAAGCAACAAUCAGUGGAUGGUUCCCACCACUGUUGAACGUCUACGGGAAGGUCAGGGAGCAUUGGAGCGAGUGCUCAGGAGCAUCAAGAUGGAGCGAAUGUACAAGAGGAGCAACAGUUCUAUCGACAAAGAAUCUGAUGCAGAUCAGUUGCAAUCAGUGAGCAUUGCUUCUCCCAUGAAGACUCCUCCACAUAGAUACAGUCCAUCUGUGUACUCACAUCAGUCAUCAGACUGCCACCUGCGGACCGACAGUCCCUCGCUGCAUCAGCAAGCUCCCACGUCUCCGUUUGGACCUAGCUACAGUCCCACACCCGGCCAGAACUACUACCCCAGCCUCUCCGCGCCACACACAGGCCCAUCUCAGGACCACCUUCCUUCCUCCUUCACCGCUCACACCCCCACAACCUCAUCCCAAACCAAGCUGACGGCCGACUCCGAGGGCAGCCACGGUUACAGCAGCAGCCUAAAAGUAGGCCGUUCGAACAGCGACGUCCCCGCAGCGUCUCUUACGGCUGCAGGAUGGGCUCAUGGACAGACUAAGGCUGACAUGAGCACCACGGCCGCUAGAGGAAAUCAGCAAACUAUCAAGUCAGGAACGUCUGGGCAGGCCGGUUCCAGGCUGCUGACAACCGGACCAACAAACUACUCCCAGCGAGGAACAAGCCUCACACAGUUCCAGAACUCUCCGCUACAGGGCCCGGGAGUACGGACACAGUCUGGAACCUUCUAGGAGCAAACCUACAUGAAGCUGCGUUCAAGGACGGCUGCUUUGGCUCGGACAAGUGUACAAACCUAAGAGGAACAAGAACUUAUUUACGGAGUUCUCCUGUUUUUGUUGUUUUUCUUUGUUGUUUUCCCCCCAAACCGACAACAAAGCCAAUCAUCACAUUCUGCACAUUUUGGACACAUCACAGAAUCGGUGAAGAAUUUGAACAAAACCAAUCACAUGUACCUUGAAAUUGCCCCCUGUCUUUCCUUUGUGCUGGAUUUUACAAACAGACCAUAAAGUGUCCAAAGUCCAAACAAACACAAACAAGCUGAAGAAUGGCUUGAGGGGCGCAAACAAUUGUUUUAUUUCCUUUUUUCCUCCCAUUGAAUUUGGCAGCAGACGUGCUGCUGUCGUGUUGGUGCGGGGGAAAAAGGAGAAUCGUGCACAGAUGGGGUCAUUCCGUGUUACUCGGCAAACAUAGGCAUCUUCCAAGACCUUUUUUCCACUUUUGCCACUGCUUGGUGGUGACGUUGAACUGCUUGACUGGAGACGUUACUCUUGUACUUGAGCCAUACAGCUCGAAUGAUUCAUGGUGCUGCAAUCUUUUCUUUUUCUCCCCCAAUAAAUUUCAAAUCCCAACUAUUCUCCUCACACAUGACUUCACUCAUCUUCGCUAAAUCUCACAUGGAACUCGCAUGAGAAUCCUCUUUCAUACUGAUGAUAGGCAGACAUCAAAUACCACUCUGUUAUCUUACUCUUCACUGCAACAACUGAAAUGUGGGAGAUUUCAAAUGGUGAUAGACACACUGUCAUGGUGUGAAAAAGUGAUUGCCCCCUUCCUGGUUUCUUUUUAGAUCCAGAUCAUCAAACAAAUGUAAAUCUUAGUCAAUGACAACAUUACACAGUUUUUGAAUGACCUUUUUUUACUUGAGAGAAACCUACAUGGCCUUAUAUGAAAAAGUGAUUUCCCCCUAAAGCUAAUAACUGGCUGGGGGCUACCCCUUAGCAGCAACAACUGCAAUCAAGCGUUUGUGAUAACUUGCAAUCAGUCUCCUACAGCGCUGUGGAGGAAAUUUUGGCCCGCUCGUCUUUGCAGAAUUGUUGUCAUUCAGCCACAUUGGAGGCUUUUCCAGCAUGAAGCGUCGUUUUAAGGUCUUGCCACAGCAUCUCAAAAGAUUCCAGGUCAGGACUUUGACUAGGCCAAUCCAAAGUCUUCAUUUUGUUUUUCUUCAGCCAUUCAGAGGUGGACUUGCUGGUGUGUUUUGGAUGAUUGUCCUGCAGCAGAACCCAAGUUGGUUUCAGCUUGACGUCACCAACAGUAAUUGUUCUUCAGGAUUUUUUGGUGGAAACAUACAUUUCUGCUGUCUCUUUAUUGCAGCAAAAACAGCCCCAGACCAUCAUACUACCACCACCAUCUUUUACUGUUGGUAUGAUGUUUGUUGUUUAAAAUGAGGCAUUGUACGGAGACACACACCUAUCCAAAAUGUUUCCAUCUUUUCACGAUUUGUGGAUAACGACUCACACUGUGGGUCACUGAAGUCCCAAAGGGCCAUGUGGGCUUGGAGCGGUUUUUCCCCCUUUAGUAAUAAGUUUCAUUCAAAAACAGCAUUUUGUGUUCAGUUGUGUUGUCAUUGGCUCAAAUUUAAAUGUAUGUGAUGAUAUGAAACUUUUAAGUGUGACAAACAUGCAAAAUAAAUAAAUGAGGAAGGGGGAGAA